AUGGAUGGCAAUGGAGCAAUAUUUGAUGAAAGUUGGGACUUAAAGGCUAAUGUGUCGGAGAAUGAGAAUUUUUGGGCAUCUUCACAGGCAACCGAAUCCAUAUUAUUGCUCAAAUACAUUGUGGCCAACAACUACAAGGUGAAGUUUGCCAAGAAUCAGAAUGGUCUUUUGGUUGCUCGGUUACCAGAGUUUAACAUGGAGAUUAACCUCUUGGCCCACAGUGGUCUAUCUAGUCGCAGAGGUGAACCGUACGUUGUGGGCGAUAUCCUGCUCUUCAUAACAAUCAGAAGAGAGGAUUAUACUUAUAGCUCCGUAACGAAACGUGGCUUCAAGUACAUAAACAUAUUAGAACGUGACCGUCUAAAGUCACUUUUGGAGGAACCAAAGGUGGCACCAGAGCUACUUGAUUCCAAACUGCAGUAUGGGCCAAUAGAUUCUGGAACUGCUGUUCUAAUACCUGGCAAAUCUUCAGAAGAACCAUCAAAUAUCACAAGUUCUAAGCUAUCGGUGGAGAAAAUUUUUGAAAACAUAUACUACGAUUUAAAGUCAUUAUAUGACAAGUACAAGCAAACCCAAAGCACAGAUGAAUUAUCCACAUCGGAAGGUAAAUCAGAUGAUGAUAACACCAGAUUGGCAAAAAAAGCUAAACAUGACUAUCUCAACUCUCUUGUGUUCACCACAACCAUAAAAGAAAGACCUGUGAGAACCAGAAAUUCACUAAUAACAGUGCAUGGAGAGGGUUUCGAGAGAAUCCUACAAAAGGCUGAAUAUGCAACAGUAUCCCAAAAACACACAAAACAUGAAAACCCAUCAGCUAGCGGCGCUCCAAAAUCACAAAAGAAACUGCGUGUUAUAGAUGAAAUUUGUUUCAAGUAUCGCAAAAAGCCAAUUAUUAUAGUGCCAAGUGGCACAGCCUCAAUUAUCGCAAGGCAAAAUAUCAAACAAUUGUUGCAAGAUAACCAAUUUAUCGAUUCCCAAGAAUCUUUGAGAGCAGGUGGUCCUACCGUAUCAAAUUUGCCGAUGAACGCCAUCGAGAUCGUUCACACAAUCGCUAAAAGACCAGUAAAAUUUAGAGUUGUAGAGAAUUCAUACGUUUCAAGGUUUACCAACGCAGACUGGGUCAGUGUCGUAUGCGUAGUACUCAACGUAAAGGGUGAACGCUGGCAGUUUCAUGGAUAUCCAUUCGAGUCAUUUAUAGAUUUGUUUAUGACAAUGAAGGGGGUUUUGUUUGUGCACGAUGCAGAUAUGGUUCCUAGCGAAAUGGGAAGCUGGGAUAUCAAGGUAUUGAGAAUCAGCAGGUCUCAUAGACACAAUGAUGCCUCAAUAGCCAAGGAAUUUUGGCAGUAUAUGGAAAACUUUCUACUUCAACCAAGACAAAGAAAGAUAAAUCACUCUAAAAAACUAACGUGA